UAUAUAAAUAAAAAUGUGUUGUUGUAUAUGAAAAGAUUCUAUUUUUUCUGUAAUUUGAUUGCAUAUUCAAAAUAAAUCAAAAACAGAUAUAUGUUUUGCAUCACUUGGUAUGGAGGAUGGUAGAAUUGACAAGAUUACUGGGCCAAUCCAAAACGCUGAUUUGACACGUUUAAAUAGUAACCUGACAGAGCCAAUAGUUUGGGUACCGAAUCCAUAUUUAUUUGAUGAAGAUGUUUGGAUAGUGAUGACUCUGCCUAGUCUUUCAGAAGUUACUGCUAUAGCUUUACAUGGAGGACAAUCAGAAAAUGGCGAUGACAGAAGGUUUAUCAGAUACUUCCUUAAAUAUCAGUAUCAUGGCGAAACUUUUCUAUAUCUAGACAACAACGGCAGUACCAUGUAUUUUCCAGGUAAUUUUCAGCCUAACCACGUCCUGUAUAAUUUGCUACCAAAAUCAAUAAUUUGCGACCAGUUGACAUUUACCGGAACGCACUGGCAGAAUACGCUUCCCGGAUUGAGGAUUGAACUAUACGGAUGUCCAGCAACAGACAGUGUUGAGAGUACCUCGGUCAUGUUAUCAAGCAGCCCAGAUCAGCGUAGUACUGCAAUGCCAUCAUUUACUGAGACAACUCAAGUUAACUUUAUUUCGAUAACUGCUCCUACUACUGUCAUUCAACUGACCACAGAGCACAAUGCUGCUGCCAUCGAUCCGACAACUGCUCCUAAUACUGCCAAUAUACCAACCACUGUGGACAGCACUCCUGCUGCUGGCAGUAAUCCAACAACUACUCAUGAGAUCACACACACUUUUCCAGGUAAUUUUCAGCCUAACCACGUCCGGUAUAAUUUGCUACCAAAAUCAAUAAUUUGCCACAAGUUGACAUUUACCGGAACGCACUGGCAGAAUACACUUCCCGGAUUGAGGAUUGAACUAUACGGAUGUCCAGCAACAGACACUGUUGAGAGCAUCUCGGUCAUGUUAUCAAGUAGCCCAGAUCAGCGUAGUACUGCAAUGCCAUCAUUUACUGAGACAACUCCAGUUAACUUUAUUUCGAUAACUGCUCCUACUACUGUCAUUCAACUGACCACAGAGCACAGUGCUGAUGCCAUCGAUCCGACAACUGCUCCUAAUACUGCCAAUAUACCAACCACUGUGGACAGCACUCCUGCUGCUGGCAGUAAUCCAACAACUACUCAUGAGAUCACACACACUGCCAAUCAUCCGAUCACUGAUCAUGAGAUCACACACGUUAUCAAUAAUAAUACUAAUAAUAAUGAUGAUAAUCCGAUCACUACUCAUGAGAUCACACACACUGCCAAUAAUCCGACUACUGAUCAUGAGAUAACACACGUUAUCAAUAAUAAUACUAAUAAUAAUGAUGAUAUUCCGAUCACUACUCAUGAGAUCACACACACUGCCAAUAAUCCGAUCACUGAUCAUGAGAUAACACACGUUAUCAAUAAUAAUACUAAUAAUGAUGAUAUUCCGAUCACCACUCAUGAGAUCACACAUACUACCAAUAAUCCGAUUACUGAUCAUGAGAUAACACACGUUAUCAAUAAUAAUACUAAUAAUAAUGAUGCUAUUCCGAUCACCACUCAUGAGAUCACACAUACUACCAAUAAUCCGAUUACUGAUCAUGAGAUAACACACGUUAAUAAUAAUAAUAUUACAAGACCGAGGCACAUUGGCGAUGGUUCAGAGGGUAGUCAGUCGUUUUUAGAUGAGCCACGAUCAAGCGAAUCUAAUCACUUAACUUCCUCUAUUUUUACCACGACGUCUGCUAAUAAUCUCAUAAGUAACCAUAUCGAGAAUAUGUGGGAUUGUAAAAGUGUAACGUGCGUAAAUGCAUAUGUUUCAUCGGUUCACCAAGUGAUGAACAUGUCGAUUAACACGCUGGAUGAUGAGCUUCUUCUUGUCUACUUCGAUUUCAUUGAAACCGUAUUGAAUAUCAACUUAACGAAUAAAGAUAUCUUAUCUGAUGUUUUGCACGAAUUGGACUUUAUACUAAAUCUGUCCAACGUCCAACUAAGGCAGUCUAUAGAGAAAAAUGAUGACAUUACGAGUAAACUCCUGUCGACAGUUGAAAGUUUGAUCAUCGAAUUUGUUUUGAAGAGUCCAGAGGAAGAAGAGAUCAAAUCUACAAAGGCGUUAAAUGUACGAUGGGUUGAUUUAAAAUCUGAAGGAAGAGGAGGAGAUAGUUUAAAAUUUACAAAGAAAGACGAGCAGGUAGUCGGAGCAAUAUCAGCAUCAAAUUUUACAGGCAAAUAUGAUUAUCUGUUGGUUAUUGUGUACGAGAGUUUGCAUCUUAUUCGCCCAAUAGAAGAGCAUGUCGGCACACACGUGACUUCAGUUAAUUUGUUUAGUCGUUCUGGAAACGUGACAACUGAAUUGCCAUUAUCCGACGCUUUAUUUCUUCAGUUGAAAAUAACUCUUUCUGGUGAUUUUAAAAGCCCGAACUGCUCUUUUUGGGAUCUAAAAGAAAGUUAUUGGUCUGACGAUGGUUGCGUUGUGUCGUCGUAUAACGACUCAUGGGUCACGUGUUUCUGUGAUCACUUGACGUCAUUCGCCGUGCUGAUGCAAGUGUCUGAGGUUGACAUUGGCGAGGACAACGACGAAGCUUUACGAAUUAUUACGCUUAUCGGCGUCUCUAUUUCAAUAGUAUGCCUGAUUUUUACACUGAUGACAUACACUCUGCUACGGUAAGAUGCAUUUAUUAGUAAUAUUUUGUUUCAUUUGUUGUAUUUACAAAUAAUAAUAAUAAUAAUAAUAAUAAUAAUAAUAAUAAUAAUAAUAAUGUAGUAAUGAUAUUAACGAUUGACCCUCAUUAAUAUAAUCGUAACAAAUAAUAUUUGCAAGUAAAUGUAAGCUAUUUGAAUAAUCAUCAUCUUAUAAUAGAACUUUAGCUAGAUAGAAUAUUGCUAUUACUGUACUUGUUAUUCUAUUUAUUUAUUAUUAU